AUGGACUCAACCACAUUCCACAUUAUUGUCGUUCAAUGGAGCGGCAGAAUGGAGAAGAAGAUAAUGAGUGGAUAUGUUAUCUGGACCCGGUUCGUAGACUUCCGUUUUGUGCAAUCCAAUCCAAUCACUCGCGUCGUCCGAGACAACGGGUUGCAAUGGUUGCUCAACAAUGCUCAACCACCCAAAAUAUCACAACCGUUCAAAUCCCAGGAUCAUGGUGGGUUGGAGCUGGAGACUGUAACUCAGAUGAUCAAUUGA